AUUUUGCUCAAAAUUUAUUUCCCAAUAUUUUCCUUUCACACCAAUUAAACCCACCAUCAUAUUCAUCUCAUUCCCAUUCUUCAUUGGUACAAUGACCAAAGGUCAAGAAAAUUGUCUUGUAUAUCAUUGAACUCGGGUUAUCAUGGUGAUGAUGAGUCGGUGAUGGUUUCAGCAGCUACCAAGUCCUUGUCAACUAUGAGCAGAGAGCAAGCUUCCAAGUUAAAAUAUUUGGAGAGAGAGUAUGAAAAAAACAUGAUGAGAAUUGUAGGGUUUUUGCUGGAUAUUUCAAGGAGGUUUUGCAAGCGAAAAAUCUGGUCAGGUUCAUUGAACCUCCAUCCGUAAUUGUACAAUGGAUUGAAAACAGUGACUAUUUGGAGUUUAGCAAUGAUGAGGAGAUGAUCAAUGAAGAAUUUGCAUUGGAAAAUGGACGGUAUAAUCCAAUAUGGGCUGAUUCUUUUGAAGGAGACAAGUCGUUCAAAUUGAAUAGGUGUAGCAAAGAGUUAUCCAGGUUUCCCUCAUUUUAUCCUGAGAGAGUAUCCCUGAAGGUUCUUACAAGCCAAAGAUCAUCAAUAAAAUUAAUGCCUUUGGGAAAUUCCAAUUUUGAUUCGGAACAUGAGUCUUGUUCAAGUGAUGAUUCCAAUGAUCCUUAUUCCAGUGAAUACAAAGGUGAAAAUGAGGAUGUGAACAAUAGAAUGGAAUUGCUCAACACAUGGCAGAGGCAAUACCUAAAUGAAAAGCAGCCUAUUUUGGGAGAAUCAAGCUGCCAUCCAGAUCCUUUGAUAGAAGACUAUGAUAAUAUUCAAUCCAGCGGAAAUAAUACACCACCAAAGGAUUUUGUAUGUCCCAUAACUACUUAUGUACUUGAAGAUCCGGUGACUUCUGAGACUGGUCAGACAUAUGAAAGAAAGGCAAUUCAAGAAUGGAUGGAGAGGGGAAACUCCACUUGCCCAAUAGCGCGGCAGAAGUUACAUAGUACUCAACUGCCAAAAAUAAAUUAUGUGCUCAGGCGCUUCAUUGCAAACUGGCAGGAAAAGGACCAAAAUUCAACUCCUGUUCAAAUGCAACUGAAUAGGUGUGAGCCUGAAUAUCAACCUGUGAAGAUAUCAGCUCCUCACACUAGUUUAGGAGGAUUAGGUUCUUUAGAUGGAACCAUCAAUGAGCUUUGUUGUGCAAUAACCAACCUCUGUACAUCAGAGAUUCUGAGAGAGUCUGAAAUGGCAGUGCUUCAAAUUGAGCAGAUCUGGAGAGAAGGUCAGAUGGUUGAUAUUCAGACAAUUCUGUCAAAACCUCCAGUUGUCAAUGGUUUUGUAGACAUCCUUUCCAAUUCUGUUGAUCCCCAUGUUUUGAUGGCAACGAUAUUUCUUCUCUGUGAGCUGGGCUCAAGAGAUAGCUGUGUCAUUCAUACACUGACCAGAGUUGAUACUGAUGUAGAAUGCAUUGUUGCCCUUUUCCAGAAAGGGUUACUGGAAGCUGUUGUUCUGAUCUACCUAUUGAUGCCAUUCAUUGGAAAUCUUGCAGAAAUGGAAUUGCUGGACUCUUUUUUAAAAGUUCUUCUAGGCAGGGAGGAAGACUUCGUUAGCAUGUUUAUGAAGCCCAAAGCAGCUUCAGUGCUUCUUCUACAACAUGUUCUUAGAAACACAGAGGACGAAAGAGCUUCCAAAAUUGUCAAGAGGUUGACUUCAGCAAGAGUAGUUGAGGCUAUUUUAUGCAUCUUGGAAGCUGAAUUAGUCGAAGAACGACUAUCAGCUAUGCUUAUACUGAUGAGAUGCAUGCAACUGGAUGGACGAUGCAUAAAUAUGAUAGCUAAUAAAGCUGAAUUAACCCACUUGUUAGAGAGCUUCAUUGAGUCUAACGAGGCACAUAGGUUUGAGAUAAUCCAAUUCCUAUCUGAACUGGUCAAGUUAAACAGGAGGACACUUAAUGAGCAAGUGUUGCACAUUAUUAAGAAUGACAGUACCUAUAGCUCAAUGCACAGCCUCCUCAUAUAUCUACAAACAGCUCUCCCUGAUCAAUGUCCAGUUGUGGCUGGCCUAAUUCUACAACUUGAUCUGCUUGCAGAACCAAGGAAAAUGAGCAUCUAUAGAGAGGAAGCUGUAGAUGUCCUAAUUAUGUGUCUCAGAAAUUCAGAUAAUCCUGACGCUCAAAUAGCUGCUGCUGAGACACUUUUAGUGCUCCUGGGAAGGUUUCAUUCUGGUAAACCUCUUAUCAGGGAGCUUUUACUUAAACGUGCAGGACUUGGCCGGACAGAUAGUAAUGUGGCGCAAAAUGAUAUUGGAGAUCUGUCUGGUGGUCAAGAGACAACGGCAGAAGAGCAAGCUGCUGAGGACUGGGAGAGGAAAAUGUCAUUUUCUCUGGUCAGCUAUGAAUUUGGAUUACUAUUUGAGGUUUUAGCAGAUGGCCUGAAGAGUAACUCAGAAGAUUUAUUUUCUGCAUGUUUUCUGUCCUCUACUUGGCUGGUUUACAUGCUGACCAUCCUUCCAGACACUGGAAUUAGAGGAGCAGCAAGAGUAUGCUUGUUCAAGCAGUUCGUAUCAAUAUUCAAGUCUUCAAGUGACACGAAUAAAGCACUUUGCUUGCUUGCACUGAGGAGCUUUAUCCGUGACCCUGAAGGACUGCAUGAUCUAACAUACCAUGUGAAGGAUAUACAUAAAGGCUUGAGAGAACUAAAGAAAUCAUCCACCAUGGCUUUCAAAAUUUUUAACCUUUUUUCAGAAGAGAGAGAAUCCAGUGCUGAUAUGUGGAAUCAUAAAGAAAUUGCACUCAUGGAUUGCAGCACUAACGGUGAAGUUUCUUCAAUUCGGUGCUUCAGAAAUAAAGUUUUCUCAAGUCCAGAUGGAACUAUAAAGGUAUGGAAAGUAAAAGCUAAAAGUUUACACAUCAUCCAAGAAAUCCGAGAUCAUCUCAAAGCUGUGACAAGCCUGGUGGUUCUACAACCAGCAGAAAAGUUGUACAGUGGUUCACUUGAUAGAACUGUGAGGGUGUGGUCCAUCCGUGAUGAAGGAAUAGAAUGUGAGGAGAUUCAUGAAAUGAAGGAUCAUGUCAAUAACCUACUGGUUGCAAAUAGCUUGUCAGCAAAUAGCUUGUCAUGUUUCAUUCCUCAGGGUGCUGGCAUUAACGUGCAUUCAUGGAAUGGAGCAACCAAACUUUUAAAUCAACAGAAGAAUGCAAAAUGCCCGACUCUUGUUGAAGGAAAACUGUAUUGUGGAUGUCUUGAUAACAGCAUUCAGGUGAAAGAUUUUCCCUUUGAUAUAUAUAUACAUGAGAGAAGAUACACCUAAAUAUUGAUUCUAUUAUGAAAUAUAAAGUAGAGAAGAAAAAGAAUAAAGGGAGAAGAGAGAGUAAUUCUUAUUUCUCUUGAGGUA